AUGGCUGCUUGGUUGCUGCUCUUGCAACCCCUGCCACUGGCUAUAUGCCUGUUGCUGAAGAAGACUGAUGUGAUAGGGCCAUCAGCUGCUCCACGCUCUUGCAGGCAAAUUUUCGAUGGAGUGGUCAUCAUCACUCCAUCCUGGUGGCAGUCAGGUUGGCAGACAUCAAGCCCAGCAUCCCAGGGGGCAGCAACAUCCAAAAGCCAUCUCACUACCCCAUCCUGCCCAGUGACUCCCAAUGCCACCCCAAUGGGGCAUAUGGAAGAGGAGAUCGCAGCAUUGCAGCAGCAGCAUAUGGAGACAGCACACAAUCUGCUAGAUACCCACUGUGAGCUUGCCAAUACCCAGCAGGCCCUUGCAGAUACCCAGACAAAGCUGCAGAUGCUUUGCAAUGUUGUCAAGGCCUUACACCAGUGUCUGUACCCAUUGCCACACUCCUCACCCAAUGCACCUGGACCCUCCCACCCCUCCCCCAUUGGCUUUGCAAUUACAAGUCAUCAAGCAGUUGUUCCCACUGAUGGUGCAAGGAUACUUGACCUUGUGCCCACUACAAUGGCCCAGGAGGUUGCAAUUGAUACCAGCAUCCUCCAGAACCUCCCAGGUGAUGUGCUUUUAGCCCAUUCUACUCUCCUGCUGCCCCCCCACCAUUUUGCAUACUCAUCCACCCCUGGUGUAGGAGAAGCCUGGCCCCCUAUCUAUGUCUCUUUGGGGGCAGUUUCUGACUGUGCUGGUGGGGAUGAUGCUGAUGAUGAGGAUGCUGCUAAUUGGAUGGACAUAGAUUAA